AUGAUUCAAACAAAAAAGCGAUCGGUAUCGUCGUCAGAAAAUGGCGCGUUCGAGAAACCGGUGAAAAAGCUCAAGGAAGAUACCACGACCGACAAACCGAAAGCAAAGACACCGAAGAAGGACGGCACAGUAAAAUCUAACUUCAGCAAACCUGCUGGAAAAUUUCAAAAGAAAACCACCGCCCCCAGUAGUGGAAAGCCAGGUGAAAAGGUGGAAAAGAAACCAUUCGUCGCAAAUACGCCCGAAUCAAAGAAGGAGUACUGGAACGGGUUGAAGGCAAAGCAGAAGGAGCUUCGUCAGCAGCGCCGUCAGAACAAAUCGAAGGAACUGUACGAGCUCAGUGUGAGUGCGAAGAAAAUCUACGAAAAGCUGAAGCGCAAGGCGGCCGAAAACAAGGAGGAACUGGUACAAAAGCUACACGAACUGCUGAGCAAGGAGAAUGCUUACGCGAAGAUUGCCACCUCGCACGAUACGGCUCGUGUCAUACAAUGCAUGAUCAAGAACGCGUCGGAAGAGAUCCGGGAUCAGAUCGCAAGCAGUCUGAUGCCUGGCGUGGUCGAUCUGGCAACGUCCAAGUACGGGCAUCAUUGUGUUACCAGCCUGUUUAAGCACGGUUCGAAGCUGCUGUGGGCUCGGGUGGUUGAUGCGAUCAUAAAGGACGUGCUGAAGAUGGUUAAUCACACGUUUUCCAGCGCCAUUGUAGACAGUGCGUACAACGAGUACGCUACGAAUGAGCAGCGGAACUUUAUGCGGCAAGCGUUCUACUCGGAACUGUUCAAGCUGGACAAGGAUAGAACGGUGCAAACGAUGAAGGACUGCUGGAAGACGAAUGCGUACAUGAAACCGAGUGUCCUGUCGACCGUGAAGGGACAUCUGGUGCAAGCGGCAAACAAGAAGCUAACGGAUAACAGUCUACUCCAUGCGUUGCUGGUGGAGUUUCUGGAGGAAGCGGGCACCACCGAACGAUCGGAAGUGAUGGAACUCUACCUACCACUGCUGGCAUCCAUUUCAAGCACACGGGACGGUACCGGAGCAGCGAUCUACUGUUUCCUGCACUCGGUCGUGAAGGAUCGCCGUGCGGCUCUGAAAGCCAUGAAACCGUACAUCGAAAAGCUAUCGAUACACGAACAUGGCCACCGGUUGAUUAUGUGCAUUCUGAACUGUUACGACGAUACGGUCACACUGGGCAAGCAGGUGAUCAGUCCCAUAAUGGAGCAGCUCGAAACGAUCGUUGGCAGUGGCGAAUGGGGCCGUAAAGUGGUGGGGUGGAUUUUCUCACCCGACGACAAAGAUUUACUACAUCCGACGCAAAUCGAGCUGCUGAACGGCUACCUCGAGCACAGCAAGAAAGAUAAGGAAAUUCGUCGUAAGGAAGUGUUUGCUGUUGCGAAGGAACCGUUCUGCAAGCAGAUAGAAAGUAAUGCAAGCUUUUGGUUACGUGGUGGCCAUACAGCCCUCCUGACUGCGUCCAUAUUGAAAAAAUUCCAAGGUGAAGAACUGGCGAGGCUGCAUCGUGCACUAGCAAAGGUCAUUUGCGAUCCCAACUGGAAGGUGCACGAGAACGAAAUCAAUCUCGAUGGAUCGAUUCUUUCGCUCGAAGUGGAGAAAAAGCCGAAAGAAAACGUUACGCCCGGCGCAGAGCGUAAGAUUAAGAAAAUCAAAAAGAGCCCAUUUGAGGAGGAAAAAGCAGCAGCUCGCGAGAAACAGUUAGCCACUAAUCCACUAGUAAACGGGCUCGAGCAUGCUGGCAUACACAUUGCACUGAAGAAAAUGAUCAAACAAGAUCAGGAAAAGCGACAGCAGGGCGGUGAAGACGUUUCCCAGUUUGGAUUUGCGAUCGUGGAGGAAUUGACCGUUGAGCAUGCGGCGUCGUGGAUCGCUCAGAAUCGAUCUUCCUUUCUGCUGCUGCUAAUAUUCGAAAAUUCCACCGAAGAAGUCCAGCAAAUGUUGAGGAAAAAGCUCGCACCGCUCAAAAAAGAACUAAAAGCCCAGAAACAUACGGGCGGUAAACUCUUGGGGGAGAAACUGAAGCUGUAGAGGAAGAAU